UCUCGCGACGUCAAUGUUGGUGCUUGCUCGCGCUUCUUUUCACAUAACGAGUGUCACAUCAAUGCGUGGAACGUGUCAAUAGGUUUUUCCAUUCUGGCCUGUUGCCUGCCUGUCUGUCUGCCUAUCUUUAUUUAUAACUAAUUAAAGUAGACCCAGUUGCAAAUGCUGACUCUUCUAAGGCGGUCAAACGGAGAUCCGCUCGAUAAAUUGGGGCCAAAAUUUUCGGUUCUCCAGCUCAAACUAUCGUUACAUUUUACCAGAAAAUAUAAACGUGAAAAUUCGCGCGAGCAAAAUUUUUUUAUUUAUAACAGUAUUGCAUGUAAUUUUCGUGUCAUUUUUUGCUGAUAAGUUGCUUGAGUUCUAACAAUGACUACUUGGACGCAAUUAGCCGUGGAGCACGUCAGCACGAUACCCAAGGAAGAAUUUAGCAUAACACAUCGAGGAAAAUCGACGACAAUAGAGAAGCUACCGGACAAAGUUCUUUUGAACGUUUUUAGUUAUCUCUCCCAUCGUGAAAUAUGUAUGAUUGCACGAAUUUGUAAACGUUGGCGACAAAUGGCGUAUGACACGCGUCUUUGGAAGCACGUGUCCCUAAGACCAGAAAUAAGCGGGCUUCACGUGAGCUCUCUGGAAAAUUUGUUGCAUUUAAUCAGCGUACGUUUUGGACCUUCAUUGAGAUAUAUUGAAUUACCAAUAGAAUUGAUCACCCAUACAGUCUUACACGAAUUAGCUAAUAAGUGUCCAAAUCUAACACAUAUGUUGUUGGAUUUUUCAACUGCUAUGCAACUGCACGAUUUUUCGGAAAUGCAAGCAUUUCCUACAAAAUUAAAAUAUAUGUGUAUUUGUCUAUCAGAAGUCAUCUUUCUUGAGGGUUUUAUGCGCAAAUGCUAUAAUUUUAUAAAUGGAUUGGAGAUUCUUCAUUUAAUUGGAACAUAUGAAAAAAUGGAGGAAGAAGAAGAAGAAAUUUAUGAAGUAAUUAAUGUGCACAAACUCAAAUCUGCGACGCCGAAUUUAAGGGUAAUCAAUUUAUACGGAAUCAACUUUGUGGAUGAUUCACAUAUCGACGCCUUCUCUUCUAAUUGUAUCCAACUAGAAUGUUUAGCUGUGAAUUUUUGUGCCAAAGUGACUGGUUCGACUAUGAAAACUCUCUUCCAAAGGAGCAGAAGACUGAAAUGUCUUCUUAUGCAAGGAACAAAUCUCCAAAGUGAAUAUGUCAUGCAAGUUGAGUGGGAAAAAUCAAGUAUUCAGGAACUCGACGUUACUGCUACCGAUUUGUCAACGGAAUGCUUAAUUGAUAUGCUAACUAGGAUUCCCGGCCUUCGCUUUUUGAGCGCUGGUCAACUGAACGGUUUCAAUGACAGUGUACUGAAAGCAUGGACCGAGGUUGGAAAUCCGCGAAAUUUAAUAGCUCUGGAUUUGGAUAGUUCCGACAAUUUAACCGACGAUGCUUUGCAUAAGUUCCUGUCGAAGCAUGGUCAUCAGCUGUACGGCCUUGCGCUGUCAGGCAUGCCGCACAUUACCGAUCAGCUUUGGCAAAGUGUACUACCGAUUCUUACCAAUGCAAAAAUACUUGUGAUGGGUACUCAAGAAAGACUAGGUGUCAACAUUCACGUGGAUCAGCUGAUGGAUGCAAUUGCCAAUAAUUGUCUUAAUUUAGAGCGUCUAGAAUUGAGAUGGGAUCCGGAGAACUUGAGAUUCUCCGACAAAAGUCAAAAAGCUAUUGAUGUCUUACGUGUAAAAUGCAUUAAGCUGAGAUGCUUAAGUUUAAGCGAUGGACGGUACUGUGAAGUUGUUAAAGCAAAUUUCGAACGAGCUGACAGAAUGACAGUCGUCAGAACAAUUACUUGCUGCAGAGUAUCGAAUUAUUAUCUUUUGCAAAAUUAUAAGGAUCUAAUUUUUAAUUGACACGCUUUGACUAUAAUUUCUUAGGUUCGAGUUUUAUUAAGUUUCUCUCGACGAAUUUAAACAAAUAAGUGCCUAAAUAUAAAGUUCUUCGAUUUUUUUGUCACAGUAUUAUAUAACGUAGAUAACACUAGGAGGAUAAGAAUAAGAUAAAGAAGAUAAAAUUCAUAUUGUACGAUAAUAUAAUAGAA